AUGGUGCUGAACGUCCGACAGAAGCAGAUAGAUGCUGUUGUGAAGUUGCUCCACUUCAACCAGCCUCCAUCUGGCGUCAAAGCUGACAACAGCACUGGAACCUACAAAGUCCUCAUUCUUGACAAAUUCAGCAAGGAUUUGCUGUCCCCCUUGUUGCAUGUCAAUGACUUGCGGAAACAUGGAGUGACUCUUCAUCUAGGCAUAGAGGCAGUAAGGCAACCCAUUUCAGAGGUGCCUGCAGUGUACCUCGUGCAGCCAACCCAAGCCAAUGUGGCUGCCAUCGUCGCAGACACAGAGAAAGAGCUGUACGAACAGAUGUACAUCAACUUUGUGCCAGCUGUCCCCCACAACCUCCUAGAGGAGCUUGCAGAGGGUGUGGUGAAGACACCGAAUGGUGCUGGCCGGAUCGCAAAAGUGUUUGACCAAUACUUGGCCUUCGUGGCAUUGGAAAAGAACCUCUUCUCGUUGUCGAUGCCCAGAUGCUAUGCGGAACUGAACGAUCCUUCUGCCCGAGACACUGAAAUCGAGGCAACCGUAUCAACAGUUGUGGAUGGUCUGUUUUCAGUUUUCCUCACGCUCGGGGCAGUGCCCAUCAUUCGCUGUCCAAAAGGAGGGGCUCCGGAGCACAUAGCCGCUGCCCUGGAUGCAAAGAUGAGGGAUGCCCUGAAGUUGAGGAAUAACCUCUUCAGCGAGGCGUCCUCUGGCCUGGUUGCAUCGAUCGCAAGGCCAUUGUUGGUGCUCUUCGAUCGUGACUUCGAUCUGUCGGUCGCGGUGCAGCACACUUUCUCAUACAAACCUUUGGUCCAGGUGAUUGCAUGUGCACUCUUGUUGUGCUGUUGGCACAACAGUCGUAUUUGGAGUUAG